AUUUGUGGAAGUGACGUAAUAUUAUUGUACGUUCGCUAAAGUUUACCCCUCAGAAUACAAGCGUCUGCGGUCGCAUUUUCGCGAAAGCUCGGAAAUAAUAAUUAAACUGCAUUAAAAAUGCCUUGUGGCAAAAACUUUAGGCGGAGAAGGGACUCGUCGGACGUGGAGGAGGACGAGACAACCAAUGAAGUUAGAUCCAAGCUAUCAGAGGCCAAAGAGCUUCAGAGUUUGCGGAAACGACAGACCGGAGUCAGUGUGACCGCCCUGUUGGUCGGGGAGAAACAGCCACACGACGCUGAAGCUGAUAAUGACCCGUUCAAACUGAAGACUGGAGGAGUUGUAGACAUGAAGAAAAUCAAGGACAGGGACAUGAGCAGGAUGGAAGAGGAGACAGACCUGAACCUGGGCACCUCUUUUUCCGCUGAAACUAACCGAAGAGACGAAGAUGCGGACAUGAUGAAAUAUAUUGAGACCGAGCUGAAAAAGAAGAAGGGGUUGGUGGAGGCGGAGGAACAGAAAGUGAAGGUGAAGAACGCAGAGGACCACCUGUACGAGCUGCCUGAGAGCAUCCGAGUCAACUCUGCCAAGAAGACGGAGGAGAUGUUGUCCAAUCAGAUGCUCAGUGGGAUCCCAGAAGUCGAUCUUGGCAUUGAUGCAAAGAUAAAGAACAUUAUCCAGACAGAGGACGCAAAAGCCCGACUGCUGGCAGAACAAAGGAACAAGAAAAAAGACAACGGCACAUCUUUCGUGCCCACAAACAUCGCCGUCAACUACGUUCAACACAACCGCUUCUAUCAUGAGGAUGUGAACGCACCACAGAGGCACCAGAGGCACAGAGAAGAGCCCAAAGCGAGGCCCCUGCGUGUGGGAGACACCGAGAAACCAGGUCCAGAGGUUUCAGAACCAACCAACUACCGCAAACGUCCCAACAAUGAAAAGGCCACCGACGACUACCAUUAUGAGAAGUUUAAGAAGAUGAAUCGACGUUACUAAGAAGCUGGAUUUUUCCCCCCAAGGUUACUUAACUCAGUGGUUCUCAAAGUGGAAUUAUUUAUUUUCACUCUAAUUCCAUCCGUAAGUAACACAACGACAGGAUGUAUGGCUAUUUGGAUCAUGGGUUUCAUACUUAAAGUAGAUAUUCUAUCAGCUACAGGACGCUGGGACAAAUUCUCAUUAAAAAGGGGUCCAUGUUCUGAUUUGUGUCUGUUUGGGGAUACUUGAUGUAAAAAAAAGAUUUGGAACCUACUAACUUAACUCGAUAUCAUCUUAAUAAAGAUUGAGGCCUCCAGAUGAACUAUGAAGAUCAUUUGCAGCGUGGUUUUCAUGAACGUCCUGUUAAUCAGAGGACUCUGCAGCCAGUGUAGCAGUCUGUAAAAAGGCUCUUUGUGGUUGUCUGUGUACAGUGCUUGCUUUGUGAAAUGUUAAAGGAGCAUUCCACGUUGUUGAUGAAAUGGCUAGGGAUGGUCAGACAUAAGAAAUGUUAAAUGGAGUGGUAUUCCUGCUCCAUCUUGUGAGACAUUUGCUUUUUAGUCCACUGUUAAAUGUUGACUUUUAGUCGUAGAAUUGUGUAUAUAGGGCUUUUAUUUAGAUUAAAAA